AGGUUAGCGGCACAACCAGCAUGCCUGACUCGGCCACUUUGCCGAAAGCCACCAGAAGAUUGUGUGAGCAUGGUGGUGGUGAUGCCAGACCUGCUGCCACUGUCAAGAAUGGUGAAACUAAAGAAAAAUCAAUUAAAUCUCAGAAUCUGGAAACCCAGAUAGAAGACCAUAAGCCACUUCAGGGGACAGAGGGAAAGAAGACUGGAGAGUCUCACUCACAUGUCUUAAAACAUGAGUCCAGUGUAAAAGAGAAAGCUGCUGCAGAGAAACAAGACAAGAAGACAUCUAGCCACAAGAAACUACAUGAUCUUCUUUCAUCUUUGGCUAGUACUGACCCCAUAUUCCUGUGGAGCCUCAAGUGCAGCCGUCACGUCCCAAAGCUCGGAAGAAGACCAAAACUGCAGGAAAAGGCAAAUUAUCCCCGGUAUCAGAGCCUGGCCUUGAACCUGAGCUUGUUUUAGCAACCAAAGAAGUGGCUAAAAGUCUUGGUGGGGAUGUGAAGGAAACUGAGUCUGAGCUUCUGUCCACCUUGCGCCUCCACUCUUCAGAGACUACCACUGGCACUGCCCCAUCUCUCAGUGGCUGUGCAUAAUUUCUCUUGUUGCAGUGAAAUUGUUUGUGGGCAUGAAGGUGGAGAGAAAGCCACAAUCAGGGAUGGAGGAAGUGCCACGUCACCUUCCUUCUGGUACCGAGGUCAGGCAAGGGUACCACGUUGACCCGAAAGACCAGCCCCGAGCCCUCAAGCCCUACACUCAGCCUCGGGAUUCAUCUGUGCCCAGGUCACAGUGUUUUCUCUACACCACACUCUAUGUGCAGGGCUCAUGUUGAUCUCUUUGGAGGUUAACCUUUGGGGAUAUUUAAGAA